UAAAAGCAAACAUAAAUAGCAGAAGUAUAAAACUUCUUGUUGCAAUAAAAAGUACUUUGAAAAUACCUAUUUUUUGCAUUCCCCCAGUAUUGCAAGACAAUUGUAGCGGGCUAUGCACUUCAGUGACAUUCUUCAAGGAGACGUUUGACACUGAGAAUAAAAAAAAAUGUACAAAAAAGCCUGAAUGCCAAAACAGCAAAACAGUGACCUGUGAAACAGCCAAUAGAAUUUCAUCUGCCAGUGAAGAUAGAAAAGGUUAUCAUAAAAGAAAUACAUGCGAGUAUAUAUUGAAGUGUGGGUAGAUACAACGGACUUCAAUCUCAGUCAGCACAGAAGCAAUGCGUUUCGAUGUACUACUUUCGAUGCUUAAUUUGUCACUGUCAGUGACGACUGAGGGCGGCGAUAAGGCAGGUGUGGAAGGCUACAAGACAGAUUACGACGAAUAUGACAGUAAAGAGAGUGUAGGUACGCAUAACACGAAGACAACGACGGCAACGGUAAAGAAGCCUUCUAAAAAGAAACCGAAAAAGGAAGAAUAUAGGGACAUAUUAAAGUUCCUUAACACAACUGAAAUAAUUUGGGUAUAUCAAAGCACUGAAAGAACUAACGAUACAUGCAAAGCGGACGGUAUUGAAUACGUAUAUGAGCUCGGUGCCUGCAUUACCAGAUAUCACAUAUCUAAAGGACAUACGAAUAAAACAUCCACUGCAGUCGAGUUCUCGUAUCAUUGGGCUGGUGAAGACACCAGCCUCCCGUACCAUGAAAUGACAGUUCCAAAUGAAGAAAUUCUGACCCCGUAUGAGACAUUGGUAUACCAAAGCGAAAACGACGAAUGUGGAGUGUUUUUCAUGAAUUUCCACCGUGAGUUGAAGGAUCCUGCUGUCUGGUUUGAGCUGAGGUUAAGAAACACAUCGGUAAUAAAGGGGCCAGAUAAGGAAUGCCUAAAACAUUUCCGAGACUAUUCUCAGCAACAAAAUUUAACGUAUAACUACACAUCUGAAUGCCAGCGCAUAUUCCUUCCCCAAGCACAGUAAAACCACAUAACAUGUAAAUAUACUUAAGAAAAACGUUGGACUUCGACUUACCAUGACGCCUGAACGCCGGAGAAGCAACCAAGUGGAAGUGGGUUAAAGUCCCAAAUCCCGGAGCUCCUUCGCGGAGACAUCUGCAACAUAAA